CGCAGUGUUGUUAGCAACAUCAUGGCUGCUUCCACACGAGCUCAGGUGCUUUCUCUGUACAGGAUGAUGCUGAAGGAGAGCAAGAAGUUUCCUUCAUACAACUACCGGACGUACGCAGUGCGGCGUGUGCGGGAUGCCUUCAAGGCCAACAGGAAGGUGAAGGAUCCAAAAGCGGUGGUAGAACUGAUGGAGAAUGGACAGCAGAUGCUGGCGUUGAUUCAGAGACAGACGUCCAUCGGUCGGAUGUACGAGGCCCAGAAGACGGUUGUGGAGUAAAAACAGCUGAGAUGGGCUCUGCUGUCGCUGUGGGCUGCUUCCUGUGCAGCAGGUGCAGCAGGUGCAGCAGGUGCAAUGCAUUGUGGGAGAAGUGGACUGAGAGCAGGGGGUGUGAGCUUUGUUUCCUGCAGGGUUCAGUUAGUCUCUCCAGGAGCUGAACUCGUCUGCAGUUUGACCUGAAGUCAGUCAGAUCCAAACAUUUCACAGGUUUAGAUCAGUUUCAUUUCAUCCGUUUAACUUUACAGAUUUUUAUUUYUAAUGWUUCACAUCAUUAUUUAUCAGUCAGCAGAGUUCAGCUGGUUUCCUGCAGAACAGCUGAACACAUCUGUAUGUUGUGUGGGACAGAUGAGACGGGGGGGACAGG